CCAAGCCAAGUAACCCCAAACCAAACCCGAGCACUUGCAGGCACACGAAAUACGGAAAAAUACAAAUUUUUUUACGGGUACAUACAGAUUUUCCAAAAUAAAAUCUGGCAGUUCUGAUCGUGCUCGUUCGCCGUUGUAAAUCGAGAACUUCUUGAGAAUAGAAUUUUAAAUUUUUCCGGUAAAAUUUAGCACGGAAAAUCAAAGUCCAUUCCUAAUUGAUGUUGGGAAUGAAAAUAUGAUUUUGUGUUCGUGAUGGAAAUAACCUGUGUAAAAAUAUAUUUCAUUAUUUUCUUGCGGUACACGAGCAUAAAUGGGUUGCAUCGUUUUGAUCCCGCGUUUACCGCAAUCAUGAUGGAUAAAGGAAAGCUUCAUUUGAAGGAGCUGGAACAGAAAACUCAACUUCCUAAAUAUGGAGAUUGUUGGUUGCACUCUUUGGCUCAUCUCCGCUCAGGUUGCGCCAUGCUGACUGAUUUAAUACAAAUGGAUCUAGCAUUACAUUUCACCGAUUGCUUCCUGGAGAUGUCUGGACAAGAUCGGUUAGACUGUCUUUCGGAACGUACUGAACCAUUGAAGCGUUUGUGUAUGAGCGAAAUGAGUGAUCGCGCUUUUGCUGUGUAUACAGAGUUCUUCACUCAAACGCAAAACAUGUGCUUUUUCCUACAAGGACAGCAUUGGCAACGAGAGGCGGACAAAACUAUCCACAGGUUGAGCGUUAAGUCCCAGGAAGUUAGUGAGCAAUUGGAAAUAGCUGGUAAGGUGCAACAAGUAGUACUUGAUCGCCAAAAACAAGGCUUGAAGUUGCAGAGCAAAAUUUUGGAAAUCGGUGAGAAUGUGACUAAUACGCUAAACGUUUCACAAAACAAGCUAGAUAAUAUAACAUUAAGUUUAAUACACUCUGCCGAAAAACAUCAAGCUGUUUUAGCAGAGCUUUUCAAAGAAUUUCAUCUACUUCACAAUUGGAUUGUAGGUCGAUAUGCUUUUGUCGAUCGAUUGAUAUUUUACUGCAGUUUUUUAACAGGAGUGCUCGUGAUCACAUCAAUGAAGCGAACCGUGAACGCGCGAUGUUCUUUAAUAAUGGUUUUAUUCAGUAGCGGAUUACUUGAGAUAUUCAUUACUAAAUUUGUGCCAACGAUGGCUAUUAUGCAAAGGGACGCAAUCAACUGGACAAUUAGAAGGUUCUUCAUGUCAACAAGUGUUGUUAUAUUUAUUUAUUACACUUAUCGUUAUCAGGAUUUAAAAACAAUGCUAUUGAAUGACAUUAAAGAACAAAAUCGCCAAAUUAUAGAAAAUAUUCUUCGAAUUCAAUCGGAACAAUGUUUGCGGCCGAUUUUUGCUACGCUUCAAACUGAAACCGAUAUACAUUCGACCCGCGCUAAUAGUAAGCAUAGAAAUGCAGAAUCUUCAAUAGAAACACCAAAAAUUUUGCCAAAGACGUUAUUAGCGGACUAUGAAAAUGAAAAUACCUCCAGUGUAAAUUAUGCCUCUAGUAGAUCAAUACAAUCGACAUCGGGACAAAACACCCGAAACCCAUCCCAUACAUCCGAAUCGAGUACUUCGCGUGCUUAUCGUUAUAAUUUACGAACCAAAACUACAUCUCAUUUUCACUAA